AUGAAGGAGAAUUAUGAUUCCUUUUGUAAAGAUAAUUUCGAAAAUGAUGAAUCGAAACAUAACACUAACAAUGAGAAAAAGAAAAUGAUGAUCAAGUAUAUGAAUACUGUCGGGGCAGGUAUGAUGGAUGAGGAAAUUAGCUUUUCUGAUAAAAGUAAAUCAAAUAAGGACAUUUCUGAUGAUGAGGUAGAUGAAGGAAAUUAUGUAGACAGUGAAGAUCACAUCAUUUUAACAGAUGAAGAUGCAGAAAAUUUAGGAAGCAUAGAGGAUAAUGACUAUAACAGCUUCUAUCCAUGCCAUAAAGAUGAUAAAUAUUCCAUGGAAGAAAUUGGAGUAGGAAGUGCUAACAAAAAUGACCUUAAUUCGAAUCCUGGUUCACAUAACAACACUCCCCAAUGGGAUACAGUGGAUGAAGAAAGUACACCACCAGAUGAUGCAUAUGCUGGUCAUUCGGAUGUGGACGACAAGGAAUUGCUUCGUGUAGAAGAAGGGGUUGAAGCGGAAUGUAGCAGCGACGUGAACAACCUGCACAUGUCAGGUGAAGAAGGAGAUGUAGUCCCGGUUUACACAAAGGAAAGUAUUCUUAACAUUGAAUAUGUACACAUGAAUGAAAAAAAAGAUGUAAUGUUUAAUUCCGAAAUUAAGGACAUAAAUGAAUGGAAAUCAAAAUAUAGACACUUAACAUCAUCAUUUCGCAAAUUAGAUAAGGAAUUGAAUAAGACCAUAAACAGUGAACACAUUGAUCAAAUAACAAGACGAAAUAUUAAACAACACAAAGACUUCUUAGAUAACGAAUAUAAGGAGUGGUUGUCUAUUUUACAAAAGACCGUUUCGGAGUUCAAAAAGAACAUAGGAGCUCACGUUUCUGAAUUAAAUGAAAAGGAAUACCUAAUUUUGUCAAAAAAUAUUUUCGAAGAUUUUAAAGAGAAGUGUUUAGAAGAGAGCUACCUAAACGGAAUUCUCUAUUUAACCGUAAUGAAACAUGACAUAUCAGCUAACGAAAAUAUUGUGAAGUACCUAGAGAAAUGUUACGAAUCGACUAACCCUGAUAAGGCUCUUGAUAGUACAAUACAAAAGUUGCUUGAAGUUAAUGCACAGAUUAAAGACAUAGGCGGGAAAACAGGAACAUGGAAAGACGAUGAACAUAAUUACUUUAUGAAGAUAUAUGAAAAUAAUGCAAAUUUUGGACAUGAGUUCAUUGUGGGGAUGUUGAAGAACUGCAUAAACAAACAGGAAGAAGAAAUUUACAAACACAUUGGUUGGUACGAGAAAUUCGUCACAUAUAACAACUUGAGGAACAAAUAUCUUAACAGCAUUAAUAUCAUUAACUUAAAUGAGCAGAAGAAAAACGAUUCCAAAGUUGAGGAGAAAAAGCAUAUGAUACAGAAAUGGCGAGAGAAAAAGAGACAAGAUUCAGUGAUAAAAAUGAAGGAACUAGAGGAAAUGAAAAAGGAGGAAAUGAAGAUGAACAAAACAAUGCGAGAGAACAUCAAAAAGAAGAAAAAGAUGAUACAGGAGCAGCUGAUCAGCAAAAAGGAAGAAAUAAAGAAAAAUAAAAUAGAAAAGCAGCAAAAAAGUAUCUUGUCUGAGGAAUCUUUGCAAAGAAUAAGUGAGAGAAAUGAACGAAUUUUACAAAAAAAGGUGCAAUCGAAUUUAAACCUUAACGAGGAGAAUAGUGAAAAGGACAAAAAAAUAGCAAAGCAGAAAUAUAUGCACAUCCAAAGUAAAUUACUCAGCAACACAGAUAAUCUUCUGAAGAGAAUUGAGUCAAGUGUAGAAACGAUAAAGCACAUUUUAUAA